CACCAACCACGAUGUCCGAACCCACGCCCACGCUCCCUGAGGAGCCCACCUCCCCAACACCCACCGAAGACGCCUCCGCCCCCGCCUCUUCGAUAAAACCCGGUCUCCUGGCCCUUCUCACACCGCACCCCUUUGUCCCCGCCCCACUCCGCCAGCAUGCCCACCGCCUCACCGCCUCGCUCACGCGCUUCCGCGCCCACUACGAAACGCAAUACCCCACACGAAUUGGCUCGCUGCUCACCUCGCUCCUCCUCCCCACCUGCCACGCCGCACUGAUCAACACCUACACUGUCACACCAUACACCCUUCCUUCCGACCUCCCCACCAGCGCCCUACCCUGGUUCACCACGCCCGCCUACACCUGCACCAGCACCCUCCCGCCGCCCCAGCCCUCCCCCGACGGCAAGCGCACGCACUACCUCCUAGACGCCGCGUCGCUCCUGCCGAUAACCGCGCUCGCUCCGGAGCCAGGCAUGCAAGUCCUCGACCUCUGCGCCGCCCCCGGCGGCAAAUCCGUGGCGAUCGCGCAGCUUUUGCAGGGCUCUGGGGAACUCCACGUGAACGAGCCGGAUCGUGCGCGGCGCGGACGGCUGAAGGCCGUGCUGAAUGAGUACCUUGGGGAGCAGCCAUCGGUUUCUGUACGGAUCACGGGCGACGACGGCUCGCGCGUUGGCGGUGGCGGCGGCGGCUACGAUCGUGUCCUUGUUGAUGCGCCGUGCUCUAGCUCGAGGCAUAUGCUCCAGGCGGCGAAUAAAGCGCUGAGGUCUGGCACUGAGAAGGGGCUUGAGGAUUUACUGGCGUGGACGCCGAAAAGGACCGCGAAGUGUGCCACGCUGCAGAAGCUGCUCUUGCUGCGCGCGCUGGAGCGCGUGAAAGUAGGUGGAAGAGUCGUUUAUGCUACUUGCUCGAUUGAUGAUGCGGAGAAUGAUGGCGUGGUUAAAGCGGUGGUGGGCAAGGAGUGGAAAGGUCGCGCGAAGAUUGUGAGGCCGAAGGGGGAGGAGGAGUGGCCUGGCGAGAGGACGAAGACUGGCUGGAUUGUGUUGCCUGAUACUGGCGCUGGGUUGGGGCCGCUGUUUUUCGCGGUGGUGGUUAGGACUGCGUGAGAUAUCCAGCACCAUAUCAAAUAAAUUUACCAUACCCACC